AUGAACUAUAACAACGUUGCAAGAAUUCUUACUCGAAACGUUGGUGCUUCUAUGCGCCGUUACUCUGUGAAACCUGCCAUAGGAUUCCAACGCCAAUGUCUUUUCUCAACUCAAACUGCUCAACGUAUGGAUCCUUCCGUAGCAACUGAGAAACGAUACGAGUCCGAAUCGGCCAUUUCCAAUUUGGAACAACCCACUGAAUAUGCCAUGUACGUUCAAGACGCUCGUGAUGAUCUCAACAGCCCCAAUUGGGGUUCCGAGCAAAUCAAAAAUGACUCUGCAGAAUGGCAAGCAUAA